CAAUCCUCUCCUCGCGCGCGGCGUGCUUCGAGUGGGUCGUGGAACCCUAGACCCCUUUCCCCAAUCCCACGGCCACCUCCAUCCUCCCGUGCUCCACCCCGAGCGUGCCCGGGCUCCGCCUCCUCCUCCUCCUCCACCAUCCCUUCUCUUCUCACUCUUCCUCCUGUCGCAGCCGCCUCCUCUUCUCCCUAUCUUCCUCCUCCUCGCCCCACGCGACCCCUCUUGUGCCGCUCGUCUCCACUUCGUUGCCGCCAUAGAUCGAGGAGGACGGCGCGAUGACCACCAUGAUGCAUCGGACAUCCCAGAUCGACGACGCCAUGGAAGCCAUGAGAGCUGGCCGAGGAAGAGGGGGCAGGGCCGCAGGCCAUGAAGGGCAUGGCGGCUGCGGGCGGAAGCAGCAUGGGUUGUAGGAGCGGCGGAUGUGGGCGGGGUCAGAGGUUGGGGAAGACUCGUCGGCUGGGCGACAGCAAGCUUCGGUUCUACGAUCUGUUGCAUCUCUUUUCUUCUCGUUAAGGUUAGCUGCUCUAUUUCCUAGGUACACGUGUAUUAUCGUUUAUGUGGGUGCUAUCAUGGUACUUCGUCUGCUGAUCAUUUUAAUGUUCUGGAUCUGGGGUGUGGCUGCAGGAGAGGGGAGGCGGCCAUUGACAGGGAGAAGGAGCAGGCCGUCGACGAGUGCAAGCAGAAGGUUUCCGGUGACUGGAAGUCUGAAACUGAUGACAGGGCAUAUUGUUUUGGUUAUGAGUGGUUGGAGAUAUUGUGACUUGAUGUCCCUGGAGCAGUCAGACCCUUCCAAGAUAGGUGAGCCUGAUUUCUUCUGCAAUUCUUCCACCACAGUACAUGAAAAGGAAUAUGUUCUACCUAUCGGCACCAUUUCUUGUGGAGGAUUGGUGCUUCCCCUUUAUUUUGUCACACUUUGGUGUCCUUGAGUUCAGAAUAGAUUCACCUUUGUUCUGAUUAUGCGCACAGGUCGAGCGACGGCGAGCACAUCCGACGGCAACACACCAAGGUGAGAUUCACCCGUUCUUUCUCUCCCCAUGCCGCCUCCUCCCUUCGGCCCUGAUUCAUCGGCGCGUGCAGACACCUUUCCUUCUUUGACUUCUCCCAUCUUUUUCGUAAAAGCAAAAAAGAAGCAGGAGCAAAACGAAAGUGAGCACCAUAGAAAGGAUGAUUAUAAGCAAGCGACAAGAACAAGCCAAUGGGCAUGGCAUUUUAUGAAAAAUGAGCAGAGGCAAUGUAAUAUUGUAUUAGUCGAGACUUGAGGGUACUGUCUAAACAAAAUGUAUACAGUUGGCAAAGAAUUUAAUGUACAUACAUAGUACAUUAUGUGAUGUAUAAUGUUCAAUCGGCCUCCCAAUCAUAGUAUGGAUAUUUUCAAUAUGGGUGGCAUUCAGGCUUAGUUAGUUUCCUCUCAUUCUUGGCAUCAGAUGACAUCCAUAGGUGGGAUCCAUUUUCAUAUUAGUAUAUAGCCCUACUAUUUAAAUGGUUCCGAUUGAAUUUUUAUGCUCUGAAAUAAAUAAUUUCUCCAGCACCGGA